AUGUCCAAUCACAAGAGCACAAAGUCAGCUAUAAAGAACUUGGAGAUUCUUGUGGGGCAGCUAGCUAAGCAGAUAGCUGACAAUUCUUCUGGAGGUUUUGGGACCAAUACUGAGAAAAAUCCCAAGGAAGAAUGCAAGGUUGUCAUAACUAGAAGCAAGAGGGAGACCGUGGUGGAAGAUGAAGGGAGGAUUAGGAAGGAAGCACCAUACCCUUUGGUGCCGUCCAAGAAAGACAAGGAAAGGCACUUUGCUCGUUUCCUUGAUAUCUUCAAGAAAUUGGAGAUAGCUAUCCCUUUUGGAGAAGCCUUGCAACAAAUGCCACUCUACUCCAAGUUUCUUAAAGAUCUGCUGACUAAGAAGGGCAAAUAUAUCCAUAGUGAUAAUAUUGUGGUGGAGGGAAACUACAAUGCUAUUAUUCAAAGAAUCCUUCCACUUAAAUACAAGGAUCCAGGGAGUGUUACAAUCCCUUACUCUAUUGGUGUAGUGUCAAUUGGAAAAGCCCUCAUUGACUUGGGGGCCAACAUUAAUUUGAUGCCUCUCUCCAUGUGCAGAAGGAUUGGAGAGCUGGAAAUCACGCCAACAAGAAUGACAUUACAACUGGCAGAUCGGUCUAUUACAAGGCCUUAUGGCAUGGUAGAAGAUGUUUUGGUCAAAGCGCGGCAGUUUACUUUCCCUGCAGAUUUCGUGAUCAUGGUUAUUGAAGAGGAUCCUGAAAUUCCAUUGAUUUUGGGUCAUCCCUUCAUGCUAACCGCCAAUUAUGUGGUGGAUAUGGGGAAAGGUAACCUUGAAAUGGGUAUAGAUGACCAGAAGGUCACAUUUGACUUGUUUGAUGUAGAAAAGCACUCACUUGACCAAAAUAUUUGCUCUAAGAUGGAUGAAAUUGAGAAUGAGAUGGCUCAGAUGGCGAGAGCCAAGAUUGCACAAGACCCUUAA